UUGUGCACCAAACUUGUAAUAUCAGCCCGAAUAGUAUGGUAUAGUAUAAUUUUUGCACAUACAACCAGAUUAGGCCUGAAAAUAAGUAUGCCAAAUUUGAUCGAAAUCGGUUCAGAUAUAGCUAUAGCUCCCAUAUAUAUUGUUCAUCCGAUUUGUUAUAUAUCUUACCCACAACCGUAAUAUGCACUCCGUAACAUCGAUAUUCAGGGAAAUAUAUCAAAUACAGCUCAGAAAUAUCUUUGCCAAAUUUUAUCGAGAUCGGUUCAGAUUUGGAUAUAGCUCCCAUAUAUAUAUUUAUCCGAUUUAAAAUUAAUUGUGCACCAAAUGGGUUUAGUCCUUUGAACUUUAAAUUAUAAUUAUAAUCAUAGCGUGUAUGAUUGAACUCUCCCAUAAAAACUUUCAAUUGUUAUGUGGAGCUCUACUAAAUUAGCAAAGUGGUGUAGGGUAUCAUAAAGUCGGCCCCGUCCUACUUUAAAACUUUCUUUGCUGGUUUUUGAUAGAAAUGUGUCUAAAUCUACUUGUUUUGCAAUUUUCACAAUCAUAAAGGGAAAAUCGGAUAUGGUAGUAAAAACCUUUACAUUCUUGCAUCUCUGGAACAGACCAAUUGCCACUUUGAAAAGCAAAGGAAAAUAGUACCAAUUAUGGUACAAUAAAAAGGUAAGGUAGAGCUUCCAGCUGAUUACAAUUUUUUUCCAAGUGUGCCCGACUUCCGCCAGUAUUGUGUAUGCAUUUAUUGUUUUGAAAAAUAAAAACAAAAUAUUUUCAAAUUCAAUUAUUGGAAGUAACUUAAUUUGAGGGGCGCACUUUAAUGAUAUUAACCAGAUUUACCAUGGAAUUGAAAGAUUGAAACUUUAGGAUCAUAUUUUUUAAAGAACAUCUAGGCAUUUCAUUCAUCUUUUGCACUAUUUGACUAAUUUUAAAAAUGAACAAAUAAUAUCAAAUAAAUGAAAACAACUUGUUGCAUAUAAUUUUGAGUAAUUUUGACAGGAAGCGGGCGUAGCCUCAGGGCUGUAUAUCUCUAGUUCUACGAAGCUGUUCUACCUCCUUAUUGUACCAUGAUACCAAUUGUCUUAAGGUGCAAGUACAUAAAAAGCUUGAAGUCAUGGCUAGGCAUAUUAGUGUUAAAUUAUAAUGGAAAACGACGGCAGGAUUUUAGUUCGGCUCUGUAAUUCCUUUAUGAAAUGUCAUAUGACUUCAAGCUUCUUAUGUACUUACACCUUUAAAACAAAUUCGUAUUAAAACUACAAGACAGUCGCUACUCAACCUUUGUUGUUGCUACACUGCGCCCUUUAACUCUCGUUUUGUUUUUCAACACACACACAUAGACACACACACAAACAUUUGUUUUGCUUUCGCGACAUUUUGAACAUUUUGACUUUCUUUUUAAUUUUUUUCAACAAAUAAAAUUAAGUAAAAAUUUUUUUGUCAAAAAAAAUGGAUGCCGAUGGGGAACCGCCCCCAACACCUAUCUGGGACCCAAAUAAACGCAGUGCACAUCUAAUGUCUAAUCAAAAAAAAAUAGAUUCAUAAACAAUAAUGGUGAACCCAUCAAAAACACAAAUGUAUCAGAAGUCUCAUCUAAUGAGUCUGAUGUGUCUGAAAAAAUUGAAUUCAAUUAUAAUGCCUAACAAUCAAACAUUUGUUACACACAAAACCAUCCGGGACCAUUUUAUGUUAUUGUGACCUCGGAAACUCCAAUUAGUUCCAGGAGGAAAAACUGCGAACUACAUCUUUAUGCCCUUUUUCAAAAAAUCAAUGUUCCUACCAACUACUUUUGUAAAAACAUAGGAUACAAUACAAUCCGCAUUACUUUCAAUAACUUUGCACUGGUAAAUUCAUUUGUUCAAAACCAGCAAUUUAAAAAAUUGGAUUAAAAGCCGAAAUCCCUGAGCGACUUAUUCGAAAGUUUUAUGUAAUAAAAAAUUUUACUAAAUCCAUUGAUGGUAUAACCAUAAAAAAUCUAUUGAACAAAAUAAUGAUAUGGAAGUAAUAUCUGUACACAGAUUUACAAGGAAAACCGAAAAUAACAAAAUAGAAGAGACUGAAACAGUCAAGUUGGAAUAAUCUGUAAUGGAGUCCCCCAAUCUACUUUUAUGCGUGGUACUAGGAUUAAACCUGAUUUAUAUGUACUCCCUGUACGUCUUUGUAAAAACUGUGGGCGUCUUGGCCACAUUGCCAUACGCUGCAGAUCAACUAAAUGUUGUCUAGACUGUGGGAAAUUAAUAAUUUGUCCAAACCAAUGUAAGGAACAAAAAUGCAAUGAUUGCCUUACUACCACCAAAUGCAAGGAACAAUGUGACACAUUAAAAUGUAUUUUGUGCAAUGGUAUUGAUCACAAUGCUACGGAAGAAGGAAAAUGUGAAAGAUGGAGAUCUGAAAAACAAAUUAAAUCGCUUAUGACUCUUUCAUAUCUAAGCAGAAAAGAAGUCUUACAAACGUACCCGGAAUCCCACAAUUAUUACAACAUUUUAGCUGAUGGCAACUACAAUUCUCAAUUUCCUCCAAUGAGUAAAUCUUCUAAUCAAAAUAUAAGAAACUUUAAUGAAGAAAUAAACAGAAGAAUCACAAAAAUAAAGUACAGCAAAAUAGCAGCUCCUCGCACCAUUAUCAAUCAUCCAGUAGCCAGUGCCAUCAAUAUUACACCUUCAAUCCCUGUUUAUGAACAUUCAUCCUUUUCCAAAGUAUCAGAGCUGGAAAAAACAAUGUCAAUUUUUACCAAACAAAUGUCUCAGUUACUUAGUAUAGACGAAUCGCAAAAUAAUACAAGCAUAUGCAAUUAUAAUAUAGUGUCAAAAAACAACUACGGAGGAGUUGCCAUACUUUUAAAAAAUAAUAUUAAGUUCAAAAAGAUCCAAUUUGAAAUCCCAUUGGACAUCAUUAUUUGCCAAAUAAUAAACAUGUCGAAUAAUAUAACCAUUGCAUCCAUAUACUUCCCUCACUCUAUAAGAGCUAGCGAAAUAAAAUAUGAGCUUGAAAAAUUGCUAUGCUUUUUGGAAUCACGAACUGAUGUACUAAUCUGUGGAGACUUUAAUGCGAGGCAUUCAUGUUAUGGAGACUCUUUUGAUUCACAUCGAGGAAACAUUGUCAAAUCCUUUUUUGACUCAUCAAAUUUUUAUACUCCUUAUAAUGGAAACUUCACCUUUAAAAAACGCUCAACUGACACAACUGGUUCUGUUCUUGAUCUGUCAUUUACGAAUACUACGUUAACCACUUCGUGGAAAGUACAACCUUUUACAAUUGGAGGAAGCCAUCAUUACCCCAUAGUUAUUAAUAUUGGUAUCAGCAAUAUUACAAACCAAAGGUUUCUAGCUAAGAAAAAGUUGUUAAAAUCAGUGAACAACGCAAAUAUCAAUCCUCGCUUUGAUGAUAUACAUGCAACGUUUAAGGAUGAAAUAAAAAAAAUCUACAUUUAUUUCAAAAAAUAAACAAUCUCCAAAAGUUUGGUGGGACUCUGUCGUAGAAAAAACACACAGACUUCAGCUAGCUGCUCAAAAAACGUACGACAUGUUCAAAAACAACAUAAAUGCUUCUAAACUUAUUGAGGUUAAUAAAGCUUUUAACAAUGCUGUUAAAUUUUCCAAAAGGAAGUCCUUUAAAUCUAAAAUUCAGGAUCUUAACAAGGAACCAAAUUCUAAAGCACUUUUUAAAUUUCUCUCUUCUCUCUUCCUCUCCCAUUUAUAAAACAAAAUGGUCUUCUGAAAACGAUAAAAAGUUUUUAAUCCAUCUUAGAGAUCAAGUUCCCAAUAAUGCUCCAAUUCAAGUCACGUUUACAAGUUCAAAUACAUAGCCAAUUUUUUCAACAGAAGAAUUUGAAACUGUUUUACAAAAAAAAGAAGAAGCCAUCAGCUGCUGGUACAGAUGGAGUUACCUAUGAAGAAGAAAUAACACUUCACUCAACUAUUUAGUAAACACAAUUAUCAGUCAAUCCGAGCAUAGCCCCUAAACUCAACUUAAGCCCACACCUGCAUAAAAUGAAGCUGAUAGACACUAAUUUGUGUGCUGUUUGUAAUGUACCUGAAACGGAAAAUCAUUUGAUCUUUGAGUGCAAUAAAAUUCACCACCUAAGAUGUAACUUCAAUAUUUUCAACGAUUUUACCAACUUACCUGCUUUAUUGAAACACCGAACAAACACCGUCAUCAAGGAACUCUGUAAUUUCAUUACUUCAGCCAAAAUUGAAUUGUAAACAAAAAUGAUGUCACAUUCACCAUGGAACUAGUUCAAUUAUUUAGUUACUUCGUCUUGGUAUAUAGGUACUACGGGUACGUAUCAACAAUUACUUUUCAAUAAACCAAAAAAACUGCAAGAUGACUCAAAUCCAUCUCCAUCUGAAAUGUGGUUUGGCGAAAAUCCGAUUUUUGGAUAUGAGACAUAAAGAUCGGUACUAAAAUGCCAUAGAAAAAUCUUGACAACACAACCACGGUGCAAUGAAAUCAACAACUGCGAUAUUUGUUUUUUAGCAAUUCUGACAUUACAAUUCAUACAGGUAGAAAUCUUCACUUGCAAAAUGUUUGAAUUUAGCCUACCUUCUCUCAGUUCCAAAACCUGCAAGAAGGUACUAGUAUUAUAAUUGUUUUUAAUAUCAUAAAGGGAACAUCGUUUAAAGGUGAGAAAACAUAAAAUGCUUUUUUGAAUUGCUUAAGUAAUCGACUGACUUCUUCGUAAACGAAGGAAGGAAUUUUAGGUUGAAUUAGUUAAAUUUGGACCCAUAAUUUAUACUUGUUCGCCCCGUACUCCUUUGUUUGUCUAUGAAGAUGACAGUCAAAUGACUUAAGCCAGUAAACAACUUUUUCUAUGUGUUCUCACCUUAAGUCAUCGGGUAAACAAAUAUUAAUUACGAGCCGAAAUAGAACUAUUUUACAACAAAUUAAAUCAAGCAAUCAGUGAAAAUUAUUUCAAAGUGAAGAAAAACUUUUAUAGAAAAAAAUCUUCAGUCUAUCUAGAAUAUUCGAAGCAAUCGUUUGUGUUUUUUUCCUUUUUUAUAAGUUGCACUAUUGGUUGUCAUAUUAUUUUUCCACAAUUAAUUUGAGAUUCAAUAGGUUAUGGGCGUUUUAAAAGAAUUGAAUGGAAUAACAAUUUCGAGUUAAGUUGUACAUGGACAAUUUGGACUUAUUAAACGUUCUGAUGAUUCAAUGAACGAACCUAGUCGGAUACAUGCAUUCUGUUAUGUUCGCGACAGAAGACUGCAAAGGAAAUGUGGGAAAGUCUGAAUCGGUCUAUGCUAAGAAGUCUAUGGUGACACAACUUUUAAUUCGGGAAAUGCUCUCAGGGAUGAAAUUGAAUGAAGGUGACAACAUUUUAUCUUAUACAAAUGCUUUCGAAAAUUUGGUACGACAGAUUGGAAUCGCCAAGGCAAACGUUGAAGAGCCAGAUCUCAUUGUUCAAUUAUUUUUAACUUUACCGGGAAAGUUGAACCCACGAGUCAGGGCAUUGCAGAACGUACAAAAUGGUAAACUUACUUUCAAUAUGAUAAAGGAAAGGCUGAUGACAGGGGACGUUCGAUCGAAAUACCACAAGUUUGGCCACAAAGCCCGUAAUUGUAGGCAAAAAAAUAAUAUAUGUAGCCACCAAAAAUUCUGUAUGUUUAUGACUAGAGGCAAAAGAUUUUUAAAAUGGACUCAAAUCUCAAGAACUUGCAAAAACCAAUAGAAAUUAAUAUUGCCAAAAGUAAAAAAUCCCUGUUUGAAAAUUCUUAUGGCCAAUCAAUGGUAUCAGUUGUAACAGGGUUCCCCUGGUAAUGAAGGACGUGCUACAUUUUCCAUAUUUACGGGAUAAUCUUUUAUCUGUGAGAAAAUUGUCUUCUGCCAGCGCCAACAUCAAAUUCAUUAGAAACAAAGCUAAUAGGAUUGACAACGGUAAGAUAAUAGCAUCAGUACAAUUAUCUGAAAAUAUUAAUAAAUUAAAGAUAAAUCUAACGAUGGAACUGUUCUGGCUUCGGACAAAAAUAAUGGAGCUUUGUGGCAUCGACAAGGCUAGACUGGGUCACAUCGGCGUUAAUGGUUUUAAGAAGUUAUCAAAGAAUACGAAGCUAUGGUCACUAGUUUAUUCAGCGGAAUGUCAAUAUCAAAAAACUACAGACCAAGGUGAAGAAUAUUUGUCCAAGGAACAACGCCAAUGGUAUAAAAGAAAAUGUGUUUGACAAAAUGAGAACAAUAUUGUUGAAGUCCAAAUUACCCAAAGAGAAGCCCCUUUAGCUGCGUUUACAUUAUUAAUUGUUGUCCAACUAGGAGUCUGAAAAUAUGUUAAACUCCAUCUGAAAUGUGGUUUGGCGAAAAUCCGAUUUUUGUAUAUGAGACAUAAACAUCGGUACUAAAAUGCCAUAGAAAAAUCUUGACCCCAGAGGUAUCAAAACAUCUGAUGUUAAAAGUAAUAAAACAAUAUUGCACAAGUUAGAGGAGGAUAAUGAUGUGAUGUGAAUUCCUUGAUGAAGGUAAAAGUGUAAAUAAUAAUACAACUUUUACAGAAGAAACAUUGCCUCAAGAUUCUGUACGCCACAGCACUAGAAAACGAAGAUUAGCUAUCAAACAUCCAACCUACAUCACUGAAUUCGAAACAACAGUUUUAACAAGAAGAAUGCCCGAACGCAAUAAAGAAAUUUCUGGAUUGGAAGAAGCUGCCAAAUGAAGCAGUUGCUGAUGAAAUAGCGUCUUUGAAAAGAACGAGGUGUAGAAAGAGGUUGCAGCUGCAAACGUAAAGUUGUUAAAAUCCAAAUUGAAUUUUCGAAUAAAGGUAGAUGAAAAUGGAUAUCCAACUAAAUAUAAGUCUCGUUUAGAAGCCAAAGAAUACCUUCAGCAAGAGGGGGUAGAUAUUUUCGAAACGUAUGCACCCUUCGCGAACUUAAGCACCAUACGUUUCAUACUUGCUAUUGGCAUGAAGCAGAAUUACAUAUUUCAUCAGCUGAAUGUAAAAACGACAUUUCUACAUGGAUAUCUUAAAGACGAUGUGCAAUUUCUGAUGACAUAACCACAAAAGAUGUUAUUUACCACAUGUGGAUAUAUGAAGCCGCCAUUACAAUCGGCCAAUGCUGUCCUAUUUGGCUGACUUCUUCAUUAUUUUAAGUGUGGCAAACUUUCCCGGUGUUGGCCUCCGAUGGUGAAGGAGGCUAUCCUGGCUUGCAUGGGUUAAUUCUACCAACAAACACUUCUAAUUCCCCCUAAUCUGGUCAUGGCUGAACAUACUUUAUACUAUGUUUACACCCUUUUUCAGUGCCCAGACGUCUCCAUUUAUUACUUAGCUCCCUUAAUACCCCAUAUCUCUAUAUGCAUUUAGGAGUGGUUAUGACGGCCACGGACGGCAAUCGUUGGGUGGAGUCGAAGGUCGAGGCCAGUGUGAAUUGGGCAAACCGGCCUGUCCUGAUUGGGAUUGCAUUUAGUGGCAGUCGGAGACCAAUUAAGCGACGAUAGUUAGCCCUAUUGUGAUAAUAGGUUGAAUUGCCUGGCUAUGUAACGUAGUUACAUGCGACAAUAAAGCGGAUGAAAUACUUUGUAUUAUUA